AUGAGCGCCGAGCCAGAAUCAGAACCACCAGCAGCAGCAGCAGCAGCAGCGUCCAACGGCGACGCACGGGAUCCCAGCGGCUUUCUCAGCGAAAUCAUCGGCGCGCCCGUCACGGUGAAAUUGAACUCUGGGGUCGUGUACAAAGGUCAGUCCAAAAAGCCUCCCAACCACCACAACAGAUAUGGGCGAUGAGAAGAAAAGAAACAAAAAACUGAAAGGCAUCGUUUUUUUCUUUUCGGAAUCAUAGGCGAACUGCAAUCCGUCGAUGGAUACAUGAACAUUGCGCUGGAAGACACCAAGGAGUUUGUGGCGGGCAAGUUAAGGAGGAAUUAUGGGGAUGCGUUUGUGAGGGGGAAUAAUGGUGAGUAUUGGUCCUUGUUGUGGCUGAAGUGA